UAAAAAUGAUAGAAAACUAGCUGCUUAAAACGAUUGUUUUGAUAUUUCAACAAAGUAUACGUGAUUGUAAAUAAGGAGGAAAGUAUUGGCCAAUUGUGCUUGCAGCUUGAUAUAUAAGCUGACUAAUAAGAAAAUUCGAUUUACUAAGAUGACAGUUCUUCAACGGCGUACAGACGUCGACAGCAUACAUAUUUGCGUUGAUGACAAUAAAAAGGAUUGUUUAACAUACAGAUGUAAUUAUUGGACAAAUCACAAUUCCUGGUCGGAAGACAUCGAAAAUGCAGCACCAAACAAAAUAUUUGAACAGUGGCGCAUUGUUGAGCGUACACUCUUUAAUGAGCAGGACCAAUUAUCGGUAGGAUUACUUUUUGAUGAAUGUGUGCAGUGGAGAAAUCAAUUGAGUCAGUUUAGAAUCCUUGGUCGGAACAUUUUAAAGGAAGGAAAUAAAACGAGCAAAGCUGUGUGCGAUAAAAGAAAUUCAAGAAUAAUAAACGCGAGCAACAAGAAGAAUGCUUACGGCACCAAUCUUUGUAGUUAUAAGUAUGAUUGUUCUGUGAAGUCAAAUCGAAAUCAAUGUAAAGAUAAAAUUAUUGAUAUUAUUAUUGAUUUCAUUUGUAAAGAAAUAUCUGAAAUACAAAUGACAAAAAAAGUCGAUAAUUUUAAUGAUAAUUAUCAUGAAUUUUUGAAAAUUGUACCUGCGCCAAUAUAUACUAAAAAAAACCCUCUUGUUAAGAACUAUUUUUACCACAACAAUGAGAGAACUAAUACACUAGCAAAAGGUAAACGUCAAAAAAAGAAAGAAGUGGAAAAACCUAAUUACCAGGAUACACAAAUUCGAAGAAAUAGAUUAGGCACUGUUUUCAACGAAAAGAUCAUCGUUAGUCCAGUACCAUUUAUCUCUACAACGAAAAAAAGUUUUUCUACUCUUAGUAACGCUCCAGUUCACUUUGUAAUAGAAAAUCAGAAUUUUUCUAAUAGUAAUCGCUCUCCUAUGAAGAAAGAUAAUACAAAGCAAAUAUUAUCUCAAAGAAGAAAAACAUCCUUGUUAUCAAAGCCACAAAUUCAAACAUGGAAUACAUCAGGAUAUCCUACAAUUUUACCGAAAAAUGUUAAACUUUCUCCGAUAGAUACUACAAGAUUAUCAAGUAAUAAUCGAAGACUAACCAAAAUUGCAGAAAUCUUACCUUCCCGUUCUAAUCGCAACUCUUUGAGUCCAAUUCUGAACUCAGUGCAAUCAACUUUUCAUAACUAUGUACAAUACGACAGUCAUAACUCAAGCCUAGAAAUCCAUGGCUCAAAUACAAUGGCGCAAGUACCACAAGUUGAGAAUAUAUCAACAAAGGAAAUUUCAACAUGUUUAAAACGCAGUGAUGCUCAUUAUCUUUUAUGAUAUUCGUUUUUAUUUGAUUAAAAUUAACAUACGUAACUUUUCCAUCAGUUCAUAAAUAAAUACCGAAUAUAUUUUUUAUUUAAUGUUAAUUUUUAUAUUACUUAUUUGAUAACAGCUAAGCCGACUCUAUAUAACAUACAUCUACGCGCUUAUGUGUAAGUAUUUAUCAAUUAAUUACAUUAUUAUUACAAAGCAUUAAUAAUGGAA